AUGGCGGCACCUAAUAGGCUGUCAUGGUCCAUGAAGAAGGUGCUGGAGAGCAGAGAGGUUUUUCAUGAACUUCAAGCUAUGCAUAUGCUCCAUUCUGCUGUGUUCUCUAUCAGAAGGCUUUACUUACAAAUGCAAGGUGAGCAUGAACAUGUGAGGUGGAAGAGAAUUGUUUGCAACAAUAAAGCAAGCCCUAAGACUUUAUUUGUAACUUGGCUUAUUCUCCAUGGAAGAAUUGCUACCAAGGACAGAUUAUUCUCCUGGGGGGUCACAGUGGAUAAUUGUUGUCCACUUUGUAAUGCUACUUGUGAGAUUAUCUCCCACUUAUUCUUUGAAUGUACAUUCUCUCAAAGCAUCUGGACUGUCUGUCAGCGGCACUUGAAGGUUGUUGUGAUCAGAAGACAAUUUGAUGAAGAAAUUCAUGCUGUUGCUAUGAAGAGUAAGAGGAAAGGUGCUAUAGCCCAGUUAUACUGCAUGAUGUUUGUAGAAGCAAUGUACCAGAUUUGGCUUCAAAGGACUGCAAAAAUUUAUGGUGGAAUUGUUCUGAAUACUGAAGCUAAUUACAGGCAGAUUUGUUUUCGUGUAGCUAGUAUAUUUAAUGACGAUAUUAGGCAGCUUCUUAUUUGUUAG